AUGCCGAUGACUACUCGUCGCCGUCUAGCCGACGACCCCAUCGUGCCGAAAAUCUUCUUCUGCAUGCACUGUCUGCGGACGAGCAUUAAGAAGUUCGAUGUCACUGACGCCGAGAAUUUUGCGCCCGGCUGCGUGUUCGACGCCUUCGCGUCAGUGGCGUGCAAACAAUGCUCCAGUCGUAACCAGGUCUGCAAUCAGACAUCCGUGGGCAUGCUUGGAAAUGCUGCCGAAUAUGUUCACCCAAGUUAUACCAACUCUUGCCAAGUCCACUGA